GAGUACAUGAAGCAAGAGGGCGAGCACGCGAUCAUGAAGAAGGGCGCGAACCAGGACCCGACCGUAGGCAAGAGGCCGGACUUGCAGGCGCUGUCUUUCGGCAGCGCGGUUGACGAUUUCAACGCCGCGUUCUUUGACAAAAUGGCAGAUUUCGAUUCUGACCGGCGCAGUGGCAGCGCGGCUCGUUUCGAGCCCUUUUUCGGGUGCCUGCCAGACCAGGCCCCACUGGAGGCGCCAAGCUCUCAACCAGACCAGGCCCCAGCGUCCGAGUUCUUCUUCAGCUGCAACCAAGAUCAGGAGCUGGCGGGGGCUGCGGCAUCCCAGCCAGAUCAGAUCCCACUGGACAUUCUUCGGGAUGCCAAUGAAGGACCUGGGGGCAGCCCCCCCGUGCUCGCUCAGGGCAGUCGCGCGGGCGGGGUCGAGGUGUUUGCGAGCGUCGAUUUCGGGGGCGCCCAGAAGGAGGAGAUCCAGUCGUUCCUCUCUCAAGUCAGGAAUAUGACAAAGAGGCAGUUACAGAGAGCCUUUCCUGCAUCGUUGCCCAGCGACGGCCGGGGGAUCGCCUGCCCGUUCUGCCCCGAACUUCGAUGGUUGCGUGGCUCGGUCCCCCGUCUCUGUCGCCGCGUAGAUGCGCGUCAUUGCGCAAAGCAGCAGGCGGCGAAGAGAAUCGCUGGUGGUCUGCGUUUUGGCGGCGCCAAUUUCACGGCCGCGGGAACAAAGCUGUUGAGGGUCAUGGCCGCGUUGUUUGACCGCGAUCGCAUGGUGCGCAGGGUGCGGCGCGAUUAUCUGGCUCGGAGCGCAGCGAUGCUCGGCGCAGUAUGUGGCGACGUGCAAGCAUUCAACGAUCGCCGCGUUGUCCUCCUCCUCGACGCCAAUGUGGUUUCGUUCGCCCGAGCAACGGUGGUCAGUUCCAACCCUGCGCAAUACCUUCGCAUCGGUUGCACGUGCGUCACCAGAGCUUUCUGCGAGAUGUGCUACGCCGAAUUCCUCUUGUGCGGCUUCGCCUCCCAGGAAGUCCGCGCACGGAUUGUUCUACAUUAUCUACGAAUGAAGUGCGACCUGGCUGAGCGCAUUCCUUACGCGCAAGAGAUGUUCUGGAGGGCCUUGGUUGAGAAGGCGGAUUACCGGGAGAAGGCUGCCGUUCGAGAAGCUGCGGCAAUUCCUGACGCGGAGGCGGUGCGUCGCAUCGUCACAGUCCGCGGGCGGACAGGGGCCAUGGUCUGCUGCGUGGGGACCAAGAGCGAGAGCGGAGAGGACAUCGCCCGAGAGCUCGCCCAGCAUGUGCCCGCCGAUUGUUUGGCCCAGGUGCGCACCGUGGCAACUGAUUCGCCCGGCCCAGAGUUGCUGGCGCAGCUCAAAGCUGUGAUGCCGAACUUGGAGUUUCUCGUUCUCGACCUCGUCCACAUAGCGUUCUCGUUCGAGUCUGCGCAGGGCAGGGCCAAGACCUCGGCGGGGCAGACGCUGCGGACGAUACAGGCUAAGUGGAACAAGGUCGACGGCCGCGUGCAGCUCCCCCAGCCGAGCGGGGCCGCGCAAAUGUCUAAGCGAGCCCUGGUUGCGCGAGACUGGAUCGCCAAGUGCAGCAUGGCGCCCGACGCGGCGGCCAACCGCCUGCAGGAUCUGGAUGGGAGUGCCCCUUAUUACUCGGUGGAGGAUUACAUAGAGGAUCUCGCCGCGCUCUGCGCCGCUUUCCCAGUGGAGGUCCGCAGGAAGCCGUCGGUGAAGGUCGGGCCUGUGCACGUGGCUCUCUGGCGAGCCACCAGCCCCCAGCGAUUGAGUUACGUUCUCAAUAACCAGCGUCGCCUCCUACUCGUGCCAGAGGAGCAGCGAGCGCAGUUGUCUUCGGGAACCGCUGCGGUGGAGGCCCUGAACGCAGAGAUAAUUUACCGAUUCCGCUUCCACGGCCUGUUCUAUCAAUCCGCGCUCCUCUUAACGAUCAAGGCAUUCGGCGAUCUGAAGUUGCCCGCCCACAACUCUGCAGAGCAUUGCCCGACGCUGUCGCAGACAGGCCAGCGCACCGUCGCCCUGCAUGCGCUGUCGGUCUUCCGUUUGCUCGACGAUGAGUGGGCUGCCGCGCGAGCUGCAGAUGCGCCCCUGGUCGCGCGGCGCCUUGAGCACAAGGGGCGCAUUCGCGCGGCCAGGGCUAAGAGCAAGGGCGAGGGGGAGGCGGUCGAUCUGACAGGAAGCUUGGGCGCCCUCCUGGACCUCGGGGACAGCGAAGCGCCCGCGGGAGACCCCGCAUCGCAAGGUGCGGCGCAACGCCUAUCUCAAGCUGCGCCGCGGGCCAGGGCGGUCGGCCCCCCCUCGGAGGUGUUCGAGGGGCGCAAGCGCUUCCCGAGGGCCCAGGAGUCCAAGGCGGUGUUCGAGAAGUGCGAAGUGGAGCUGCCCCAGGUCAUGUCGGAUGUCGUCCGCAACGCCAAGCGUUUCCAGCGCGUGCCUCGGGAGGGCAUCCGUUUUGAAAACCGCCGCGUCGAGAAGGGGAUCAUGGAGAAGUACGCCGACUGGCCCGAGGAGUACAUGAGCGUCGACGGCCGCGUGCGCUUCUUCGACCCGAACAGCGGCGGGUGGAGAGCCUACACCGGCCUGUUUCCCGAGGGCAUGUAUGCCCACUUCCGCCUCUUCAUGAACCGACUGGAGGGCAUGUUUCGCUGCGUCGGCAAGGAUGUGAGGCGAGAUGCCAACGGCGCACUGGAGAAGAUGGACGCCAUUAUCAAGUCGUCCGACGGCGAUGGCAUCGAGCAGAAAGCGAAGAAUGCCUUUCAGAUGUUCGAGCACUUUUCCCUGUGGAACAAGGGGUCGGGCGAUCAGGAAGAAGCCGUGGCCGACGUGGACGAGCCAGGCGGUCCCCCACAGCAGCGCGCUCCAGCUGGGGGCGAGGGAGGCGACGGGCGCCCUUCCCGCGAUGGCGAUGAGGACGAGGGGCCCAAGGCGAAGAAGCUGAAAAUGCCAUGGCAUAUCGACGUUGCUGUGUGUAUCCGAUCCUUCGGCAAGAAGCUCGCGUCCGAGCUCAUGCAGGGGGGCUCCGUGGUCAAGAACUUCACGGAGUGGUGUGGCACGUCGGUCACCCCCGCGCGCGGGGUGUGCUACCUCGACCGCGCUGUCAAGCAAGAUGUCCCCAUGAUGACGGCCGACGGCGUGGUCGUGCAGCCGCUGGUCGUGGUAGACGGGAUGCCCACGCCGAAGGACUUCUUCUUCUUCUGCAUGGACUCCUCGCUGGUCCCGGCCACGCACGAGGAUGGGGGCGCGGAGGACGAGGGCCCAGAGCGGCCUCUGGACGACCCAGUCUUGAUGGCCGCGACGGACGACGCGAACAAGUUCCUGUCCAGCACUUUCUGGUGCAAUUUCGAGGCCCUCAACGCUAUCCGCUCUGCGCCGGCCAUGGCGAAGGGCGGCCUGCACGUGCUCCAGUGCUACAUCUUCCUCGGUGCGGGCGGCUGCGGCCUCUCCCUCUUCACCGACCCCAUCGCGACGUCGAUGGGCGACGAGCUUCACAAGUAUUUCAACCCAUUUGUAUUCUACGACGACGAAGAGCUCCGAAAGUGCGUGGAGCUCCUCGCAGGGGGGUGCGUGUAUUCAGGCCAGGAGCGGCCCCAAGGAUCCAAGAAGAAGUUGCUCCUGCACCUGUGGAGGAAGUUCCUCAGCGGCGAGGGUCUGAGGGGGCGUCUCCCCUAUGCCGUGCUGACCCGCAUGGUCAGGUUGAUUGGGUGGGUCAAGCUCGAAGUUAACUCCAUGCUCGCUUUCAGCGACCUCACCGAGCAGGAGUUCGAAUCCAUCAUGAGGAGGUCCUGCGUGAUAAAAAUCGCUGCCCGCCUGUUCGACAAGCAGUACCUGGGCGCACACUUCCCCGAGCACGAGGAGUACGGCACAUUCGCUCGAGAUCCGUCCUUCACGCGCAAGUUCCAGACGAGUCAAUGCGCGGCAGCCUGGAAUCGCACGCAGCACGUCUUCGAGGCGAGCAACGGGGAGCAGCAGUGCCAGGACUUCAUAGUGCAGUACUCGCGCGGCGGCGAGGACCUGGGCGUCACCGAGCGCUACAUGCGUCGCGCGUGCAGCCUCGGAGCCCCCUCCGUGUCGGACAACCAGUCUCUACUGGCAGGCGUGGUGGUGGAGGUCGACGCCGACGAGUUCUCGUUGCAGGCGCCCACGUCGGCCAGCGCCAAGGAGCGCGAGUUCGCGGUAGCGCUGCUCCGCGAGACUUGCGACAGAGGACUGGAAGCCAUGGCCCUCUCGUACUUCAACCAGCGAUCUCGGCGGAUAGAGGGCUCGAGCAAUAAUCGGCAGCAGCUGUGGGACGACCUCCCUUGCUCAGGAUUAUGGAAACUCCAGGCGACCAAGGCGCAGCACCGUGACGGCGCUUCCGUCGUCCCUGUCUUCCCCUUCAAGUACACGAUGGAUGACCUCUUCGGUGCGGCGGCGGCGACGCCCCAGAACCCAGGGGUGCUUCCCGAGGCCAUCGACGUCAAGAACGCGAAGAAGAAGCUCGUUGACAACGUGGCCUACAUGCAGAACGCGGAGCUCGCGAUCGAGGCCCUGCAAAGGUUGCUGGCCGCCCGAGCGCCAGGCCACCCCAUGAAGAGGGUGAAGCGCCCUGCCGCUGCGCAGGAGCCGCGGGAGGACGAAGGCGGGGGCGCGGAGGGCAGGGGCCGCCGGUCCAAUGCCCAGAAGGAAGAGGAGUCGGCGAUCAGGAAGCGCAUCGAGAAGUUGGACGCGGUGGCGCUCGGGCGCGUGUCGAGCGACGCUGCUGAACCAGGCGCUGAGAAGCGGCGGCAGCUUGCAGGCAAGGUGGCCCCUUCUCAUGUCCACACGGUGCGGGUGCAGUACGUGAUGAGCAGGCCGUGGGUGUCUCGCGAGCACGCGACGGCGGGUGACUUCCCCGCCGCCCAGAACAUGCCGCAGUAUUUGCAGAUGAUAGCCUUCCCCCAGACCGUGGGCCUGGACCAGGUCGCGGCGUGCCUGACGUUCAGCGAACAGCUACUCCAGCACUUGCGGCUCGCGGAGGAUGUGAAGGCGGCCUUCGCCCCAGAGCUCGUCCUGCUGAAGGAACUCCGGCAGGGCCGCGACGGGGUGUGUCUGAGAGAACUUGGGCCCCCAGGGGCACUUGGCAAGGACGUUAUCCUCAUGGCGAUCCACGGAAAGAAGGAGCUCCCACACGCGACCCUUCUGGGCCCCGACUGCGAGGAAUUCUUGAAGAAGCUGAAGCGGCUGUCGUGGUUCCUGCGAUGGGCUGCCGCGUCGGCCAUGCCUGAACAGUAUGCCGCGCUGAAGGACGACCCCUCUGUGACGUGGGUUGAGGGCAAUUGCUUCGCCCACUUCUGGCAGAUGGCCGAGUCCUACGUGGCGAUGCACAUCUGCGACUUCGCGCGCCAGCGGCCCUUCAAGCACCUCGCGAAGGCAUACGAUGGCGCGCGCAUAGACACGGGCAGGGUCGCCGCCGAGAAAGCGAGGCUCGCCGUGGAGGAGCAGGGCGCGGAAACGCAGUCGGACGCCGAAGUCUUUGCCCUCGCGGCCAGCCGCUAUGUAGCGCAGCAGCCGCUGGCAUUCGUGGUGCGUCUUCGGGAGAAAAGGCACUUGCCCUUCUACAAUUUGAUUCGCAACUGCGAGUACAGCGACGCCCCCAUCGAACCGAGCCUGGUGCCCGCGCAGGACCUCUCGAGCGUGCUCAUCACGGUGCCGACGGCUCUGGGCGAUUAUGGCACGCUGGCUCUCGCGCAGCAGCUCAUGCAACUGGCCCGUGAACACGCCGAGCGCGAUCUUUCUGGAGUCGCGUAUCUCGAGGCGAAGUCCAUCCUCACCAUCAAGGAAUUGAUCCCGACAGCCGCCUUGCCCGACGAGGGGGAGGGGACCUGGCUCAUGCGCCUGCACGACGAAGGAACCGUUCCCCGUUGCGCUGUGGUCUUCUGUGACGACGAGCUUGCGGCCGUCAUUGUCUACUUGGCGAUGGAGAAGUUCACCUUCUCAUCACGGAAGGCCUUCAAGGACAUGCUGCUGCGUUCUGUCGACCGCCACUGGCAAUUCUUCUUCCAGAUGACGGAGCAGGGGCCGCUGGGAGGCCCACAGGGCGCUUCGGCGCCCCUCGAGGCGCUCCUGAAGAUGACG